AUGGCCCAAACCUGCAACACCCCUCUACCCCCUCGCAUUUGGUCCAGGUUUAACAAACUGUAUUCGGUGGCAAUGCAACAUGAAGUGUCCGUGUAUGAUGUCACAGAUGCUCGCUACUCAGUUGUUUCAAGGGACGAAGCGAACGAUCAUGGUGGUAAUGAGUACACCGUUGAAUACAUUCGUAAGUGGUGCUCAUGUGGGAAAUGGCAAAUGCUCAGAUUUCCUUGUUCUCACGCCAUUGCUGUUUGCUCAUGGAGGGGUGAGGAACCACACGAGGUUACGAAUUCAAAAUUCCACACUACUACCUAUCGGGAACAGUACAACGGGCAUUUUUACACGCUAGGCCCUAAGGAAGAGUGGGAAGAACCGCAGUGGAGAAUUCAAGGGGACCCUUCAAGGGUUACAACACACCGUGGUAGGGUUCGUGCAAGAAGAAUUCAAAAUGAGAUGGAUGUCAACUACCACGACGAACCCCAGUGUUAUCUAUUCUUGUGA